UGCUGCCGGCCCGUGUUCCGGCGGAAGCAGUCCGCGCUGUCGUCGCUCCGAGCUUCCGUUUCUGGGUCCCCGGGCGCAGUGAGUGAGGUCGGGGAAGCGGCGGCCUCCUCCUGUGGGUGCCAUGGCGGAGCUGGUGCAGGGACAGGGCGCGGUCCCCGUGGGGAUGAAGUCUGAGGGCUUCGCGGACGCGCUGCACCACCGGGUCCGGCAGAUAGCUGCUAAGAUUGAUGGAAUCCCACACUUGAAUAAUUCCGGAUCUCUCGUGGACCCUACAGUGUAUGGCUAUGGAGUCCAGAAAAGACCGCUUGAUGAUGGAGAACAGCCGGAUUGUAAAAAACUGGCACCUGUGAAUGAUCUUGGCAACCAGCUAGGGGCCCUAGUACAUCAAAGGACUGUGAUGACAGAAGAGUUUAAAGUGCCUGACAAGAUGGUGGGAUUCAUAAUCGGACGGGGAGGGGAACAGAUUUCACGAAUUCAAACGGAAUCCGGAUGCAAGAUUCAGAUUGCUCCUGAUAGUGGUGGAAUGCCCGAGAGACCCUGCGUUCUAACGGGAGCACCGGAAAGCAUAGAGCAAGCAAAGCGCCUCCUAGGUCAAAUCGUGGAUCGCUGUCGGAAUGGGCCUGGUUUUCAUAAUGACAUGGAUGGGAAUAGCACCGUCCAGGAGAUCCUCAUUCCAGCGUCCAAAGUUGGCUUGGUCAUUGGCAAGGGAGGGGAGACCAUCAAACAGCUGCAGGAGAGAACUGGUGUUAAAAUGAUCAUGAUUCAAGACGGCCCAUUGCCAACUGGCGCAGACAAGCCUCUUCGGCUCACAGGAGACCCAUUCAAAGUGCAGCAAGCAAGAGAUAUGGUCCUAGAGAUCAUAAGAGAAAAGGACCAGGCAGAUUUCAGAGGGGUACGCAGUGACUUCAGCUCCAGGAUGGGGGGCGGCAGUGUAGAGGUAUCUGUACCAAGGUGUGCAGUGGGAAUUGUAAUAGGACGAAACGGGGAGAUGAUCAAAAGAAUUCAGAAUGAUGCCGGCGUAAGAAUUCAGUUCAAACCAGAUGAUGGAAUUAGCCCUGAGCGAGUGGCGCAAAUAAUGGGCCUUCCUGACCGGUGUCAGCAUGCCGCACACAUCAUCAAUGAGCUCAUUCUGACGGCACAGGAAAGGGAUGGUUUUGGAAGCCUUGCAUUGACCCGGGGCAGAGGGCGCAGUCGUGGUGAUUGGAACAUUGGUACUCCAGGAGGAAUGCAAGAGAUCACAUGCACUGUGCCAGCAGAUAAAUGCGGACUGGUUAUCGGCAAAGGAGGUGAAAAUAUCAAAAGCAUAAACCAGCAGUCGGGGGCCCACGUGGAGCUCCAGAGGAACCCGCCACCCAACACAGACCCAAGUCUACGGAUAUUCACCAUCCGAGGUGUCCCACAACAAAUUGAGCUGGCCAGACAUCUCAUUGAUGAGAAAGUUGGGGGCACCGCGAUAGGCGCUCCAAGUAGCUUUGGCCAGAGUCCUUUCAACCAGGCGCACGCGACACCUCAUCAAAAUGGUCCUCAGGCGUUUGUAACACAGGGUUGGGGUAGCACUUACCAGGCGUGGCAGCAGCCUGGCCAGCAACUUCCAGGUCAGCAGAGCCAGCAGCAAAACGCUCAGCCAGAUUACAGCAAGGCAUGGGAGGAGUAUUACAAGAAGCAGAAUCAAGCUGCCAGCGCCAGCUCUCAGCCAAGCUCUCAACCAGACUACACGAUGGCAUGGGCAGAGUAUUACAGACAGCAAGCAGCUUAUUAUGGACAGUCAUUGGGACAGACGCAAACCCACAGCCAGGAGCAGUAGAACAAUUGUCCCGUUGAUGGCAAUAUAUAUUUUAUUUUUCGUUUUUCCCUCGGAAUCAUUGCAGAAGAAGAACCUAAUUUGUAACCAGUUUCUAGAUUUGCCUACGUUUUGAUGAAGACUUUUUCUUUUUGUUUGUAAAACACUAGUGAUAGGGUUAAAUCCAUACUGAACUUUGCUAAGAAUCAGGUUUCUAUAAUAUACUAAAGAUAGAACAGUGCUGGGAGUAUUUUUUUUUCUUUUCUUUUUUGGUUUGGAUGUUUUAUUGUCUUUUAUUUUAUUUUUUCCUGCCCCCCCCCCCCCCCUUCCUUUUUACUUUUGUUUCUUACCCUUGAAAAAAAAAAGUGUUAACAUGAAUUCUUUUUGGAACCGAUCAGACAUAUUGAAGAAAAAGGAUACAAAUAAAAAAGAAAAAAAAUAUAUAUGUAUAUUCCUCCACUGUGUAGCCCCUGCCCCCCCCCUUGGUGCUGAUAUUGCAACAUAUUUGUCUCAAUAUUUUAUUUUUUGUAGCAUUUUGUCUAUCGGACAAUGCAGCUUGGAGGUCUUAUCACAAAGAUAAAACAAAAAUUUACAAAAAAAAUGUACACAGCUCCUAAAAAUUUUUUAAAUGUGUAUUUAAAUAUUCUUAACUGUAAAUUCAUUAAAUGUUUUAUGUCUAAUUUUCUGGUAUUAUGACUGUAUUUGAUUUUAUUGCGUUUUUUUUAAAGAGAAUUAUCAAUCUGUGUUACUUGGAAAUGAUUUGUUCAUUCUGAAAAGCGAAUAUUUGAAUCCAUUUCUUGAGACAAGUGUGUUAGGGGACAAAAGGGGGAGGGGGGGGUGCAGGGACAUAUUUUGUAGGCUUUGUAUAAUACCUAGGGUUUUGAAGGGUUAAUAUAAAAACAAAUGAUUGUUAACACCCCGUCCUUCCAGAGGGCAGUGUAAUGCAUCGCAGAGCAAUGUGAUUCAAGUCUCUCUGGCAGGUCAGGGGCACAUUUUAUAAAGCAAUGUUUAUCAGUUAUUCAGUUGCCUCUGUAUAUCAGACUUCCAAGCUAUAACAGGAAAUUACUUUUUGUGCUGUCAGAAAUAAAUACUAUUAUUUUUUAAUAUGAAAAUUCAGCUGUUAGAAUCUUUAAUGCAAACACUGUGGAACAUUUAACAGUAUGAAAAAGUUUAAAAAAGAAUCGUAAUAACUAUUUUUUAACUCCAGGGUUUGUUCUUGAUGGUUUUUUUGUCUGUUUUUUUUUCUGCUUGUUUUUGUUUUAAAUAUUUUCUUAUCUAAUUGUCAAAUUUAUCAUAGAAAAUAAAUAAAAACUAGUAUUAACCACAGUAUGUGCUAAAACAACAUCAACUUGUGAUUUAAUAAAAGGGAUAUGAUUUUGAAUGUUUGUAGUCCUUUUUUCCCUCUUGUACAGAUUACUUUUUAUUUUUUUCCUCCCUUUUUUUUUUUUUUUUUUUUAUUCCGCAUUUAAUUUUUUUUAAAAAUUUUUUUUAAAGAAAACGGAAUUAAAGCUAAUUUGUGUGUGUGUGAAUUUACAAUUUAAUCCUUGGGAACAUUCCGUUUUGUUUUUGUUUUUUUCUUUUAGAGGGGGGUGAAUUUAACUUUUUUUCUUUUAUUCCUAAAAUGUUUAACUGUUAAAAUAAAAUCACAAUUGGAUGAUAUUCAGUAUGUUACAGAGAGAUGUCUUAUCUGACAAUUGCAUUUUACACUCUAUAUAAUAAAAAUGCCACAAGGCUGCUUGUGGAUGAAAAUGUU